AUUUGGGGGGCUUAUUUCUUGGGCAAGAAUUCGCAGGAAUUUCCUCUCAAGGGGACUCGUCCUGCAUGAAAAGUAGGGACUGGACCCCCAAGCUUGUUGGUGUCUCCCUCUCCGUGCUGUAGAAGCUCUCAGGAUGGACUCAUAUCUGAUCCAAGUCAAUGGCCAUGGGGAUCAUGCUCCUAUGCUGGAUGUUCAUCUCAAGACCAACGGGAGCAGCAUAUCACUGGGGAAGGUGAAGGCCCGGAAGCCAAGAUGGGCCGUCAGGGCUUCUGAAAUGUCAAAGAAGACUUUCAAUCCUGUCCGAGCCAUUGUAGACAGCAUGAAGGUGGAGCCAAACCCAAAGAAAGCUAUGAUCUCCUUGUCCUUAGGAGACCCAACGGUAUUUGGAAACCUUCCAACAAAUGAUGAGGUCACACUGGCUGUGAAGGAGGUUUUGGACUCGGGACGUUACAAUGGCUAUGCCCCAUCUGUUGGCUACCAGUCCUGCCGGGAAGCCGUGGCCUCAUACUACAACUGCCCAGAGGCACCACUGACGGCCCAGGACGUCAUCUUAACAAGUGGCUGCAGCCAGGCCAUAGAGCUUGCCUUGGCAGUGCUGGCCAACCCAGGCCAGAACAUCCUGGUGCCACGGCCUGGCUUCUCCCUCUACAAGACUCUGGCGUUGUCUAUGGGAAUUGAAGUCAAACUCUACAACCUCUUGCCAGAGAAGGGCUGGGAAAUUGAUUUGGAGCACUUGGAGUCUCUGGUGGAUGAGAAGACAGCUUGCCUCAUUGUGAACAACCCAUCGAACCCCUGUGGCUCUGUGUUCAGCAAGAGCCACCUCCAGAAGAUCCUGGCAGUGGCAUCAAGACAGUGCGUGCCCAUCCUUGCUGACGAGAUCUACGGAGACAUGGUGUUUGCUGACUGCAAGUAUGAACCCAUUGCAACCCUCAGCACCAACGUGCCCAUCUUGUCCUGUGGUGGCUUGGCAAAGCGGUGGCUAGUCCCAGGCUGGCGGAUGGGCUGGAUCCUAAUUCAUGAUAGGAGAGACAUCUUUGGUAAUGAGAUCAGGGAUGGCCUUCUAAGACUGAGUCAAAGGAUCCUAGGGCCCUGUACAAUUGUCCAAGGAGCACUGGAACGUAUCUUGCAGCGAACACCUCCUGAGUUCUACCACAACACCCUCAGCAUGCUCAAGUCCAAUGCUGACCUUUGUUAUGCCGCUUUAUCAGCUAUCCCUGGCCUCCAGCCUGUCCGGCCGGCCGGAGCCAUGUACCUGAUGGUUGAGAUUGAGAUGGAGCAUUUCCCUGAGUUUGAAAACGAUGUGGAGUUCACCGAGCGACUCAUCUCAGAACAGUCUGUGUUCUGCUUGCCAGCCACGUGCUUUGAGUACCCCAACUUCUUCCGCGUGGUGAUCACCGUGCCUGCGGAAAUGAUCUUGGAGGCCUGCAGUCGCAUUCAGGAGUUCUGUGAGAUGCACUACCAGGGUGCUGAGGGUGCCCAGGAUCUGGAGUGUGACAAGUAGCCACAGGUGGCCUCCUGCCUCUGCCAGGUUAGACCUUGUGUGAGGCAGCAUCCAGGCAGGCAGGGCUGCUUCCAGCCAGCCCCGCAUCCCCCUGUCUGAAGCAGCAGGACCGCGGCUGCUUGCACUUUUUAUUCUCCACACACCCCUCAGCACUAUGGGAAGAAGCAGCCGCUUCUCUCUCCUCCUCCACUGCAGCUUGCACACCCUCUGGCACCCCGUGCCCGUGGUCUCCGCAUACUCUGUAUUUGCACCCUGUGUUGGUCCCUGCUGCCUGCAGAGCAGCUGCGGGCAGGGGCACAUGGCUGCUCCUGUGCCCAGCCCCACAGCCCAGCACCCUCGUGCCCAGUAGCUCCUGUGCUGGCUGCCCUUCCCCUUGGGGACAGGAGGCCACAGUCUCGGAGGACAAAAGAAAAGUACCCACCUCUCACUUACCUGUGUUAUCUUAGGAGACCAGAGCUCUUUAUACCGAGCCCUUUGUGUGACAAAGGGAGUAAGUUAUUGUGACUUUUUUUUAUUAAUAAACAUUCUGACGUGCCAGUCUCUGCA